GCCACGGAGAUGGUAGGGACGGCCCGGAACAGCUGCCAGUUGAAUACCUCCCGUCGCAUCUUUGCCGAGAUCCAGCUCCGCAUCAACGGCUUCAAUACCUACGGUUAAGCUGUCGCCCUUUCUGAGUACAACCAUCACCCACCAGCCUUCUAUGGCCACUCGGGUACGGGCGCAAAGCGUCGCAGCGCCCAUGCUCAAGGAUGGAACGGUCGUGGACGUUCUCGAAGUCCCCAAUGGCAAGCGACCGUCCCUACUCGUCCUACACGGUGAAGGGGACGAGGAUGUCAUACAAGUCUUUGCAGACGUCCUAGGGCAAGAAUGGGUCUCGGCAAAGUCGGUGGAAGAGGUAAAGGCGGGGCCUGCGUCCACCAUCUAUGCCCUGCAAAACACUUCCAUCGGCCCCCAACUGGACAACUGGGACCGCUCGAGGCUGGUGAUCAAUACGCACUGCGUCGACGGACCUCAUCCGCGUGACGAAGCCGUUACCGAUCUCUGUGAUUACGAAUACCUGUAUACCAAGACGCCCUUCUUCCGGAGGGAUGUCGCUCGGUUCCUAUCCUUCAUCCUGGGCCAAAUUGGGCACCAUCGGGACCUGGCGAAGAAAGAGCGGACCACUCUGAUAUCUACCACCUUCCCGGAUGUGCACGCGGCGCUGCCAAACCUGGAUAUCCUGUCAGUGGGCGCUGACGCAAUCGAGAUCAGAGUCGACUUGCUUGAGGAACCGCAGCCGGAUGGAUGCCGCAGCAAGGUACCCAGCCUCAAGUACGUAGGUGAGCAGGUCAUGUUGCUCCGCCAGCGCACCGAGUUGCCAAUCAUCUACACAACAAGGUGUAUCAAGGAAAACGGGCGGUUCCCCAUGGAGGACCCCAUGCUCUUCUACAAGUAUCUGUACCGUGCGAUCCAGUGGGGCUGCGAAUACAUCGACGUCGAACUCUGGCUGCCCGAGGACAUACGGAGGCAACUGGCUCAGAAAAAAGGGAGCAGCAAGAUCAUAUCCGCAUUCCACGACUUCUCGGGCAACUUCAAAUGGACAGCGCCCGAGACCAGAGAGCUGUUUGAGCGCGGUGCUGUGUACGGAGACGUGGUCAAGAUGUAUGCAAUGAUCAAUUCCAUGCAGGAGAAUUAUGAGCUCGAGUACUUCCGGUCCACCAUCACAUCAAAGUAUCCCCACCCGCCCUUCUCUGGGCUCAAUAUGGGGCCCACCGGCCAACUUUCCCGGACCCUGAACAAGAUCUUUACUCCGAUCACGCACCCGCUACUCCCAAUGAUUGCAGCGCCCGGCCAGCUUAGCGCUGCAGAGAUCAAUUCGGCACUCCACAGCAUGGGUCAGAUGCCAAAGCUGGACAUCUACGGCAUCGGCAGCUUCCGUUCGACGUCUCAGGCCAUGUUUUAUGAGAAGUGCUUCAACGAGCUAGGCCUGCCGCACCAAUUCAUGUUUGCCGAGAGGGCACCCAAGGCGUCGAUUGAGAGAAUUCUGCGAAGGCCCAACUUUGGUGGAGCCUACAUCAACCCACCGCUGGCGGUGUCUGCGGCCGGAUACCUUCCCACGCUGUCGAAUGCCGCCCGCGCCAUAGGGCAAAUCGACACUGUCCUCGCACGCCCUGACUCUGGGACUCCGACGUUUAUCGGGGACAAUGCGACGUGGAAAGGCAUCCGGGCCACCCUGACGCGCGAUUUUGUCCCUUCGGCUUACCAGGGACGAGCUGCCCUGCUGUUGGCUAGCUCCGAGGCCGACGCAGCAGCGGCCAUGUUUGCUCUCAAGAGCCUGGGCAUCGGGCCAAUCUACACGAUUGGGUUUAGGACCCAGGGCCCGUUGGCUACCGAAGUUGAGCCGGUGCGGUCUGUCGAGGAUGUGAAGCGCUUGGAGCAGCCCUUUGUCAUCAUAUCGGCACUGCCCGCAGAGAAGUCACUCCUGGUGGUGCCGCUGCUGAAGCACUACAGGGUUGAUGGCCGCAACGGCAGCACUAUGAAUGGCAGGGGAGACGGGGCCAAGCGAUCGGUAGGCAAGGUGUUUGUAGAUAUGGCGAGUGGACCGCGCAAGGCGGAUCCGCUGGCCAUAGCAACAGCAGCAGGUUGGACAGCAUAUGGCAUUGCAGACGUUUCCGCCUGGACUACCGUGGAGACGAUCCGUCUGCUUGUUGGACAGAAUGUGAGCUACGAUUUUGUGCGUCUGGCCUCUGGAAGGGCCCUGUUCUAGUACAAAGUCUACAAUAUGAUGACACUGCGUAUAUUGAUU